AUGUCAUUUGAAGAAACUACUAUGGGUGAUUCUUGUAGUGAGUCAUAUUCUGAAAAUUAUUCCAAUCAAAUCGAAUUAACAGGAAAUGAUCCAAAUGAUACAACGAGAAAAAGAAUUCGAGUUGCUUGUGAUACAUGUCGAAGGAAAAAGAUAAAAUGUAACGGGACAUUUCCUUGUGCAAAUUGUGUUCAAACUAAAAAUGAAUCAAGUUGUCAUUAUACUGAACGUCCUAUGAAGAAAUCAAAAAUUGUCAAAGAUAAGAAGGAAACUCUGAUAUCUAACAAAAAAGAUGAUGUAAUAUCUGUUACAAGUAGUAAUGGCGACAAUAAUGAAUUAAAACCAAAAGAUAAACCCACAACAAAGUCUAAAUCCAAAUCUAAGAGUCAUUCAACUGGUGAUAUUGAAUCUAGACUAAGCUCAAUAGAAAAUUCUAUUCUGAGAAUGAUGUCAGUUAUGGAGAAACUUCUGGGGAAGCUAACUUCUCAAAGUAAUGGAGAACAAAAUAUUACGGAAGAUGAAGAACCUGAAAUUCGAGAUCACACAACAACACCAUCAGAUUUACAAAAUCCCAAGAAAGAUUUUAAUGAUUUAGUAAAUUUAAGAAAUUGGGACGAGUUUGUGGGUACUCAUUCAAUAGCUUGUAUUUUCUCAAGGGAUUCUUUAGCAUGGAUGGAACGUGCUUUAGGAGAAUAUGGAGUGGAAUAUCUAACACCCAUAAGAAACUUACCACUUGUAUUUUUCUCGGAGAUGAAACCGUAUAUUUUAAAAUGGGUGGAUCCUCCUGUUGUUGAUAGACACCAAAAAAGAAGGUUGAUGGAGACUCCAUUCCCUUUGGAUGAGAAGUUGGUCAUGGGAUUGGUUAAUUUGUAUUAUGAAGAAACAUCAAUUGUGAAUACAAUUGUAGAGGAGUCUUGGAUGAGAGAAUUGUUUACUAGUUAUUUUAAGAAUUUAAAAGAAACGGAUGCCCGAAAAAGGCGAAGAUACAGGUUACCAGAAUUAUUAUCUAUGACUUGUGUUUUACUUAUAGCAUUGACUUGCAAUACAGAAGAUGGUUUGUUUAAUUAUGAUCCUAAAAAAUUCCCCAAUGAGUAUUCUCCAGCUGGUGCAUUAUUAGAUGGUUAUAGCAGAAAAAUGUUGACAGAGUUGCAGGAAAAAUUAUUUGAUAAUGCAAUUUAUUAUUACCAACGUGUAUCAGUAGUUAGUGAAGGUAUUGAAACAAUUGAAGCCUUGUUGUUGUUGAUUAUUUGCAUAGAGUCUAAUUGGUUGACAAGUUUUCUUAAUAGUUCUCCAAUAGCGGUUGCCAUUCGAUUUGCACAAGACCUUGGAUUACAUCGUGCAGAAUCCUAUUUAAAUAAACCAUUGAAGGAACAAGAAAGGAGAAGAAGAGUAUGGUGGUUCUGUUAUUUCUUUGAUAUUGAGUUUUGUUUCAAGUCAGGUAAACCGCCAAUGAUUAACUCAAGUGAUGUUACUACGAAUAGUGAUGAAGAUUUGUUGCAGUAUUUCAAACUAACUGCUGCUGAAGCACCACAAUCUUCGGCAUUGACUUCGGUAUUUCAAUCGAUUGUCGAUGAUGUAUUAAGAUCAACCACAGAACAAUCGUCAAUGAGUUUAGGCAUAUUGCGACAGAUCCAAUAUGGAGGGUACAUCAAUAAUCCGAUGUAUUUUCAUUUCAGUGUUUUGUUGUUGUCUAAAAUUAGGUCAAACUCGUAUCACGAACUUUUUGUUGCAUCAGCUCAGAAAAAAAGCUUCAAUGAAAUAUCAAAUACUUUGGAAAAAUUGAAUCAAGAAAUGAUGCAGUUGGCAGCUCAUUCAGCAGAGGCAAUCAAACCAAGAUUUCAUAAUGAUUUGAGAUUCCAAGUUUCUGACACAGACAAUUCUAUUUCAAGAAAAGAGACAAUUUUGUCAUUCAAGCUUUCAUUUUUCUGUCAUUUGAUGAUUAUUAAUAGAUAUCCAUUUAUGAUUAGUACCAAAGAUUCAUUAUUAGAUGAUAGAAUUUUACAAUAUAGAAAUCUUUCAUUAGACUCGGCAAGAACCAUUCUUUUGCUUGUCAAACUGUGGGAUAGAUCAUCAGCAACGGCGAUUUUCUUCAAUUGGGCACUUUAUUUUCCUGUUGCAGCAUUUCUUGUAUUAUCAGCUGCUAUUUUGAAUCAUCCAUCAUUAGCAGAAUCGCAACGAGAUUUAUACUUGUUGAUUGAUAUUGCUUUAUCUUAUUUCAGUUGUUCCAAUGAAUGGAAACAUAGUGAUCUGUUCAUCAACAAGAAGACAGUCAUAUAUACAAAUAAGGCAUUGUCGAUAGAAUUAAUUAUUAGAUUGAUGUUAAGGAUAGUUAUUAAAGUGUUUGAAACUCAAACUGGUAUUUCAAUUUUGGACAACAAUCAAAUUUUGAAAGAUUAUUUGAAAGAAGCCGAGACAAAGUUUCCUGAAAUUUUCCAGAAUCAUCAAGAAUUCACUUCGCGAAUGAUGCAGGUAGUUGGUGCGUCGCCAUUUGGUAGUUCUGGUGAUGAGUAUACCAACAAAAGAACUGGUGCUAGUCCAAGAAAUGCAUCAGCAUAUAGUGCCAAAUCUCCUAGUUAUAAUCCUUCUUUGUCAAAUAUUAUUAAUAAUGAUGUAAAUGGAGUCACAAAUGGAAGUUCUGGUAGUGUUACAGGAAGUAGUAAUAGUCCAAAUAAUGGUGUUAAUUUGCAACAUGCAUCAACUCCGAAUGGAGGUAUACCCAUUUCCAACGGUUAUGAUUUUCUAAAUGAAUAUGUGGGUGGCGAUGCAUCGUCGUUACCGUUUGGGCAAUUUGAUAAUUUACCGAACUUUUUCUUUGAUAAUAAUCUUGGUGUAUAA